AUGACAUCAAGUCCCCUGCUUGAUCAGGUAAAUUCAACUACACCAGCAUCGGAUUCACAGAUUGCCACCUCAGCUACCCCCAAACGCCCAUUCACUGCUGUCUCCAGCAGCGCGGAAGCAGAAAAUCGUCGCAAAGACCCCAAAGUCACCAGGGCGUGUGAUAAUUGCAAAACGAAGAAAAUCCGAUGUAACGGAACCUUGCCCUGCAGUAACUGCACCAAGAGGAGGAUCGCUUGCACGUAUGAUGCCAAAUAUGGCCGGGGACGUCAUCCUCCAACUCCACCACCAUCAGAUAGGAGGAUCAUAAGAGAGCCGAGUGUUGCUGUCCAGAACCAACAUUCCCGGGUAUUGAAUGAGGCUAAUAUCGAUGGACAUCAUUCCGUGGAGAUUCCUUCGCGAGCCUCGCCUGAUGUGGAAUUGGAAGGCCAAUAUGUCGAUCCAACGUCUGGAGUGAACUUUUUGCAUCGAGCAUGGGAAAAGAUCUUCACCAAGAAAGGGGGAAUAGCAUCGUAUGGAUCGAACGAGAUUUACAGAAACCAGCUUUUGACAUCAGCUGGAGAUCGGCCGUUCUAUUUCGACAAUAAUGCGUUAUUGUCCGAUUUCAUCCCGGACGCAACAGUCGCCAGGUCAUUACUGGCCUUUUAUUUUGAUACUUGUGUGGUCACGUAUCGCAUGUUCCAUCGUCAGACUACGGAGAAGUGGAUGGAGGUGUUUCUGAAAGACAGGGAGCAACAGCAUCCCAUUGCACACUCACUCGGCCAUGCCAAAUGUGCCAUCUUACUGACCAUCCUGGCCGUUGCAACGCUUCGAUCAGAAAAGACCAGUGGAGUGACAUCUGCUGAAAAUGAAGACAUCGCCCUGCGUCGAAGCGACCAGCUGUUUUGUACCGCCAUGAACCUGACAGAUACAGAGAUGGGCUUCCCACGACUGGAAUCAGCCCAGGCACGUCUCAUCCAGCUGCUCUAUCUUCUCCAGACUUCGCGCAUGAACAAGGGCUGGUAUACGUCUGGGAUUACGUUUCACAUUGCCCUGUCCCUGGGAAUGCACAGACGACGGGAUAAUACCCUCAACGUACCGUUUCGAGGCCGUCGGCCGGAUUAUAUUACUUCUGAAUGCUGUAAACGUACCUUCUGGGUCGCUUAUACAAUCGACAAAUACCUCAGUGUAGUCUUUGGUCGACCGCGAUUCUAUCAAGAUGAAGAUAUCGACCAGGACUUUCCGGAUAGCGUUAAUGAUGAGUACAUGACACCACAGGGACCGUCAGUAUCGGAGGACCCAGGAGAUUGCCUGGUUGAUUCUCUAAUAUUCCACGCGAAAAUUGCUCGAAUCAUCGGAAAGACCUCUCGUGACGUAUACUCUGUCAGCAACAUGUCCAACCAUGACCGAGCAAUGGCUACCCAGCAGUUCACCCGUGAGCUACAUACAUGGCGAGUGAGUCUUCCUCCGCACUUGGGAACCGUGAAGCCAUCAACACUGAUGCCAUGUUUCCGGCGUCAAGCCAUCGCGCUACAACUGGCCUAUUCCCAUGCCAUCAUCCACGCCAACCGGCCAUCCCUUCUUGGCGAUGAAAACGCAGAUAGCGUCGCCGAAUGCAUUGCCGCAGCCAAGGCGAGUCUGGAAUUGGUCGACAAAAUGGCCAGCGACAGCACCCUGUUCUAUUCUUUCUGGUGGACUCCUUAUGUGACAUUCUGUGCGUUGGUAGUUGUCUAUGUUUGGCAAAUACAGCAGAGUAGACGCCAUGCUCGUGGGAAUGAGGUCGAUGACUCCUCGUCCGUGAAGCUCUUUGAUCUAGCGGAGAGAUGCCAGUCUCAUUUAAUGCGAGUAACGACCGGACCUUCACCAAGUCGACGAUACAACAUCAUCCUUGAGGAACUAAGAUUAGAAGCCCAGAAUCGCCAAGUAGUCGGAGAAAAUCCUAUUGAUCCGUGCCAAUGGGCUGUACGACCUAUUGAAAACAGCACCGAUCCAGACGUCCGGUGCUUCAAUAAUCUGGACAUGGCUGGAUCUUUGGGACAGGAAUACAGUCUCUCUCAAGACGAGAACCUCAUGCCGAAUAUGCUCGACACAUGGCAAAUCACAGAUUGGCUGACGCUGGACUCAUCGGCAUUCUUUCUUCUACCCGAUACUAAUUCCGUCUCGCCUCCAUGGCUACCUACGAUGAUGUAA